AUGUCCCAGUUUUCCCACAGGGACUCUUCCAGGGACGCCUCACCUACAUCAUCGCCUCCUCCUCACGACAACCAAAAUCCACUUAAGAUCGAUACCACCGACUCAUUCCAGCCGCCCGCCAACCGCCACGUCUUUCAAGACUCGACGCCUCCCCCUUCGUCGCCCUACCGCGCAGAGUAUGCAUCUUCAUCCAACUCUCUAGACGGCUCUCUCUCCAGCAGCCCCCGACGAAGCAGUUCUAGGCCUCUGUCCAUGGUACAAGCCUACCAGCCGCCCCUCAUGGACGUCAACGAAGACACCAUCCCGGAGCUGCAGCCCAUCUUCACUUUUCUCAACAGCCACGCCAACAAGCUCUACCAGGAGGGUUACUUUCUGAAGCUCGACGACCAAAACAGCCAUGGAAAGCCCAAUCCGGACAGGACGUGGACAGAGUGCUUUGCGCAACUGGUCGGCACAGUCCUCUCGCUAUGGGAUGCCGCAGAGCUGGACGCCGCUGGCGAAGACGGCGAGGUGUUGCCCAAAUUCAUCAACCUGACGGAUGCCUCGAUCAAAAUGAUCGAGUCUCUGCCCACGAGAUCCAACGACGAGCAACCGCUGCAGAAUAUCCUGAGUAUCUCGACGGCUGGACGGAAUCGCUACCUGCUGCACUUCAACUCGCACCACUCGCUGAUACAAUGGACCGCCGGUAUCCGGCUCGCCAUGUUCGAGCACUCGACCCUGCAGGAGGCUUACACCGGCGCCCUGAUUGCCGGCAAGGGCAAGACGCUCAACAACAUCAACGUCAUCAUGGAGCGCUCGCGAUUUAAGACGGAGGAGUGGGUGCGUGUCCGCUUUGGAGCUGGUGUGCCCUGGAGACGCUGCUGGUGCGUCAUCUCGCCUCCCGACGAGAAGGAGUACGCAAAGGCGCAGAAGGAGGCCAAGAAGAAGUCGGCCUACGACCGAAGCCCCAUCAUGCUCAAGGGCGACAUCAAGUUCUACGACACUAGGAAAGAGGGAAAGAAGCAGAAGAAGGCCAAGCCCAUCGCCUCCAUGACAGACGCCUACUCGGCGUACGCCAUCUAUCCCCAGGCCAAGUCGCUCAUCGAUGCCUCUACCCUGAUCAAGAUCGAGGGCAACAUCACCAUCCACUCUGAUCCGCCAUCCUCCACCGAGGGCUUCGUCUUCAUCAUGCCCGAGGUCCACCCGGCCGUCAGCGGCUUCGAGAUGCUGCUGCGGUUCCUCUUCCCCACCUGGGACACCUUCUGCCUGUACGGCCGCCCUAGCCGCCUCGUGGCCAGCGUUUUGGACCCCCGCUCUCUCAUGUUUGCCAUGCCCAAGCACAAGAGAUAUGGAUACUUGGAAAUCCUGGAUGUCUCCAGCCUUAUCCUCCAGGACGGCAGCGCUGGCUGGUCGGAGCGCGAUUGGCGCAAGAAGAUGAAGGAGCUCACGGGCGAGAGGAUGAACGCAAUGGAGGACGGAGUUGUCCGGACCCAUGGUCGAAGCUCGAGCCGCGGUAGCAAGAGGCUCAGCUUUGGACCGAGUGCGGGUACUGGCCUGUCCAGGCCCAAGGUCAACUUUGCCGAUUCGGAAGCCCCGUCAGUGCGCACGUCCCGGUCCAUGUCUCUGACCCGUCCGGCGCCUCGCACCGACUCAGCCCCCCCUGCGGAACACCGGGCACCUCCUCCCUCGGCUAUGGCCAACGCGAUCGGUCAUUCCCGCAACGCCUCUGACACGCGCCUCGACGGUCCCGUCGCGCUGCGCCCUGGCCAGCAGCAGCCGGAUGAGUCGCGUGGCCCAACUCCAGUUAGGGGCUUUGCCAGCGACUACUCGGCCACUCCCGAUCGCCUGAGCUCCGAGGACGAGCGGUCCUUCCAGAACGACACACCUCCCGUGCGGGACUUUGAGAACAUGCAGCGGAUGCGGACACCCGAGCCCGUGCAGGCCCCUCCCACCUUCUCCCACGGACCCCAGUCCCGCCCCGGCGGCAAGGCCUACCACUCUCCUGAGCUGAGGCGUGCUAACAGCCGCCUGUCGAGCACCACACUGGCGCAGCUGGCCAAGGCUGGCGGAGUCGCGCCCGAAUACGUCCCGGACGAACUCGGAAGGCCGAGCGGCGAGGAUAGCGCCAGGAACAUGCCCCCCUAUGGGCAACCCGACCCACGGGGUCCAGCGGUACAUACACACGCCAACCCCGUAGGAAUGACUGCUAAUUCAAAUGGCUCUCGUGAAGCUCUAAAUUCUCCCAACCAACCAUACCCUCCGCAGAGGUCGCCAGGACUCCCGCCUCCCGACUUUGGCCUGAACCAGAAGCGUUCCCGAUCUCCUCUCAACCAGUCCAUGAGCCCAGGCCCAGGCCCAGGACCUUCUCCCCAACCUCCGUUUGCCGGUGGCCCCGGCGGCUCGCGUCCUGGAACGCCCGAGAUGAGGUCGCCACGAUUUCCUCCGGGUCAAGGUCCGCCAUUCCCUCCACAUGAUGCCCGGAGAGGCCCUCCACCGCCGGGUGCACCCCCUCGUGGCCCGCCUCCAGGACCUCCAGGACCUCCCGGACACCCAGGACAAUUCCAAGGGGCUCCGUACAGGGGCCCGCCACCCCCAGGUCCGUACGGACCCGGCCCUGGUCCUCAAGGUCCGCCCUCUCAAGGCCGCCGUACACCACCCCCACGUCAACAGCCACCACCUCUAAAUACUUCACCACCUAUCAACCGAAAGCCCCUCCCCGCGCGAACGACGAGCCUGGCGCGCGAUCAGCAGGGAGAGCCGCAGUCUGCUACGUCGACUUCGAGCGCCAACAGCUUCCGAAACCAUGUCAUGGACGAGCCAGCUCUCGCCAUGGUCCACCCGCCCAGGCCAGACGACAGCUCCGACCGCAGAGUCCGCCGAGCACCGACGCAGCGCAGCGAAGCAAGCAGCCACUAUGACGACGCCGAUUCGACUGUCAGCCCCGACUAUGCGAGCACGCGCAAGUCUUCGGAGACGCAGGAGUCUAUCGACAGGCCGAGAGCUGGAGUGCUGAGGACGGUCGGCGAUGUGAGCCAGCAUCCUAUGCCACCAAAGCCCGAUAUUCCGGAGAUCAACUUUGGCCCGACGUACAACUACUCGAGUAACAAGGCCCCGGGCACGUUGGGUGCGCCGCCGCCCAUGCCUGGUGCGGGUGGCCCUCGCUCUUACUCACCAGGCCCCGGCAUGCGAUCGCCUCCUGAGCGGCCCGCCGAUAUGGGCCAGCAUCGCCAGGAAUCGGAUGAGAAUGCGCGCCGCAACGUGGCUUGGACUCCAGGUGGUGUCACUGUCGGUGGUGCUUCUCACGAGCGAUCUGGCUCCAUCUCGCCCGAGCAGUUUGUCCAGCAACGUGCAGCGGUCGCUGCGCCAUUCAUGCACCAGAGGAACACCUCGCAAGGCAAUCUGGUCUCAGGCCGGAACAACACUCCUACUCCUCCGCUGAAGCGCAACUCGAGCUACGACAUGCUGAACCCCGGUGGCAAUGGUGGCCACUCGCGGUCCAGCUCUAGCGAGAUGCUGGGCUCGCGGCCUAACUCGCAAGGCAUGGCCGACCUCGGUACUUCACACUUGUCUGCCCGAGAGCAGGAGCAUCUGGCCCGCGUGACCGGCCAGCCGCUCAUCAGCAUGGCUGGCGGCGGCCGCGGUGGGGCCCCUCAAGCCGGUGGAGGUCUGGUAGGCGCCAUCGCCGCACGGGAGCGCGAGAAGCAGCAGAUGAAGGAAGGUGUGAGCUCGCACGCGGUGCAGCACGCCAUCAACCAGCGGCAGCAGCAGCACAUGCAGCAGCAACAGCAGCAGUACAUGCAGCAGCAGCCCCCGCCGCAGGGCUACGGCAUGGCUAUGCCUAUGGGCCCGCCGUCGCCGUCUCUGUAUGGCGGCAUGGGCAUGCCGUCGCCGACGAUGGGCGGCCGGGGCGGGUUCCCGAUGGCUCCUGGCGGACAGGGCCCGCCGCCCCAGCAGCGGCCGUGGAUGGGUGGUCCCGCUGGCCCCGGCUCGGGCAGGCAGUCGCCUGGACCGGGCAUGUACGAGCAGCGGGCGCCGCCCGGCGGAUGGUCGCGGCCGGGACCGCGGUCGGGCACGCCGCAGCAGAUGGAUGCGCAGUUUGUCGCGGCGCCGCAGCAGGGCUUCGUGUCGUCGCCGCCGCAGCCGGGGUACGGCAUGCCGCAGAGGCCCGGCACGCCCGGCAGCAUGGCCCGGCAGAUGCAGCAGCAGCAGCAGCAGCAGCAGUUCCACGGACAGGCCUUUUAG